CACAUACCUUGUUUCCUGAAGAUGCUGCUGUAUAUCCUGGAGGAUCCGGAAUGGUUAACUUGGACCGUGAUACUGGAGGCGAGUUGAGUUCCUCCACCCAUUGCGAUGGUGGCGGUGGUGGGGACAUAUUUUCGCAGGUGAUGGGCUUUGGCUGCAGAAUGGCCAAACACAAUUGUCCUACUAAUCCUAGAGUGCCGAGUACCUCGUUCGUGAUGUUGGGAUGAUGGUGUUGUGAGAUGUGGUUGGAAGUGGCUCCUUAGCGGUCCCGUUGCCCAGGACAAGGCCUAUGAGAGGCAACGCAAUGCCUGUGCUGUGCUGUGCUGCAGUUGUGUGGACCUCGAGCCCGAUUCGCACUCGCAAGAGACCUCGACGACCAACCUCAUGCGACUGACCUGCCACCAAUUUCGGAAUCUCUGCUAGACCACCCUUCCCAGGACUUCAUGGCGACAUAUCUACACACGAGACGACAAUUGCGCUGGCGUUCGACUGUUUGCGCGUGAUUGGGUUUGCGAGUGCAUGUAACUGCAGAAUCGAGAAGCAGGAAGCCUCGUCCCAGUUGGCUGGAGAGAGCAGUGGAGGGGUAACCACAAUACAUGAGACUGGGCAACAUCAGACGGGAGGCAGAUACGUAUCCUGAUACGGAAUAUUGAGUACUGAGCUGAGGACAUCAUGAGUUUAGGCGGAGGAGACGCGAAGCUCUUUGCGAGGGUACGUUCGAUUUCACGAUAUUGCUUCUAUUCCACCACCAUCAUUUACUACACCGAGCACAAACAUCGUUAGCAACAUAGGGCAGCAUUCACUCCCACCACUGCCAUGUUCAUAUCAUACCGCACCCUGUCUGAUCAUUGAUAUCAUUCCUCCCUCCCAUCCUCCAACGCAGACAAACCCCCAAAGGUCUAUGCGGUCCUACGCGAGGGCAUGGCCUCUCCAUGAUGUUCCUCCCCCAUUAUAUUCCGCCGCAGGGCGUUGCUGGCCUUCGCUCACCAUAUUUUCAAACUCCACAGGGCAAAGUAGCAGAGCUUCGACUUGAGUUGAAUAGCGGAGGCAAGAAAGACAAGAACCAUGCCGCCAAAAAGAUAGCCUUGAAGAAGAUUGUGGCCAAUAUGACCAUGAGCAAUAAUGAUAUGGUUGCGCUAUUUCCCGAUAUUGUUGCUUGCAUGCAGAUUCCCAGUUUAGAAAUCAAGAAGAUGUGAGAUACUCCUUUGGUGCUUGAGAAUGUUUACUAACUGGAUCUAGGUGCUUCCUCUUUCUUGUGAACUAUGCUCGCAUGAAACCCGAUGUCGCCUUAAAGGCACUUCCAACACUCCAAGAGGUAUGUGGAGGGGAAUUCCCGAGGUAGUUCCAUAGCUCAUGCUGCUUAGGAUAUGCACGAUUCAAAUCCGUUAGUAAGGGCUCUGGCAUUGCGUACCAUGUCAUAUAUCCAUGUGAGAGAGUUUGUGGAGGCCACCGUCCCGCCAACAAAGCAACUUCUUCGAGACUCUGAUCCAUAUGUUCGAAAGACGGCGGCAUUUUGUGUGGCCAAACUAUAUGACCACGACAGACACCUGGUCGAAAACUCAGACCUCAUCGACAGGUUGAACGCCAUGCUGAGAGAUGACAACCCGACUGUAGUGGCAAGUGCUCUCGCAGCUUUGAUGGAUAUCUGGGAAAGAAGUGAUGCUAUCAAAUUGACUAUUGACUAUGGCAAUGCUUCGAAAAUGGUCCAGAUUCUCCCAGAUUGUUCCGAGUAAGUCCGAUGCUCGUACCCCAACCAAACACGUGCUAAUCCAAUUGUAGGUGGGGUCAAACUUAUAUUUUAGAAGCCUUGAUGUCUUAUGUACCUCAAGAAUCCUCCGAAGCUCUACUUCUCGCAGAGCGAAUAUCCCCACGUUUAUCACACUCAAAUUCUGCAGUUGUACUCACUUGCAUACGAGUGAUCCUUUACUUGAUGAAUUACAUCCCAGAUGAAAGGCAGAUAUCACUGUUAUGUCGAAAACUUUCUCCGCCCUUGGUGACAUUACUUGCGAAAGGCCCAGAAGUCCAAUAUUUGGCACUCCGAAAUGCCCUUUUAAUUCUACAAAGACGACCCGAAGUUCUACGGAAUGAUAUUCGAGUAUUCUUUUGCAAAUAUAAUGAUCCAAUCUACGUCAAGGUGACCAAACUAGAGUUGAUUUUUAUGCUGGCUACGGAACACAAUAUUCAGGAAGUUUUGACAGAACUCCGAGAAUAUGCGACCGAAAUUGACGUCCACUUUGUACGAAAAUCUGUCAGAGCGAUUGGAAAGCUGGCCAUCAAAAUUGAACCAGCCGCACGACAAUGUAUAAACACGUUACUUGAGUUGGUGGCUACCAAAGUCACAUACAUCGUUCAGGAAGCAACAGUGGUCAUCCGAAAUAUUUUCCGAAAAUACCCAAAUCAAUACGAAUCAAUCAUCUCAACUCUAUGCGAGAACCUUGACUCUUUGGAUGAACCAGAAGCCAAGGCGGCCAUGAUCUGGGUCAUUGGACAAUACGCAUCUCGAAUCGAGAAUUCGGAUGUUCUUCUUGAGGACUUUCUUUACUCUUUCGCAGAUGAACCGGUUGAGGUUCAACUUGCACUACUCACAGCUACAGUAAAGCUGUUUAUUCAGAGACCUACCAAAGGCCAAGAACUUGUACCAAAAGUUUUGAAGUGGGCAACCGAGGAUACGGACAACCCAGAUUUGAGAGAUAGAGGAUACAUGUAUUGGCGUCUUUUAUCCUCAGAUAUGGCAACGGCAAAGGCAGUUGUGAUGGGCGAGAAACCAGCAAUUACAGCCGAAUCUGAGAAAUUGGAUCCGGUCACACUAGAAGAGAUGUGCUUGAACGUUGGAACUCUCGCAACAGUCUACCUCAAACCAGUGCAACAAGUUUUCCGCUCUGCACGACCUCGAAAGCUGAUCGACAGCCCAGCUUUACAAAAACAUGCUCUACCUACAGCAAAUGGUCUUGAUGGACAAAAGUCUCUAUCUACCUUUGGAAUGGAGGGUCAACCUGCUGUUCGACCUCCUCAGGAUGGUAAUUUGGCUGCGGCGGUUGAUGCCGCGGAUGAAUUCUUUGCGGGUGUCGGCAAUCAGCAGAUGUCCAAUAUGACCGUUGAUGAUGGGUUUGGAGGUAGUCCAACCGUGGGAAGGGGAGAGAUGCAAUAUGUGGUGAAUCAGAAUGCGCCGGAGCAAAAUUACUAUCCUACGAAUGGACAGGGUGCUAAUGGGGAUUUGUUGAUGUUGUAGGAUAGGUAUAUCGGAAUGGAAUUGAACAGAAGGGGUUUGAUUGUAUAUCUUCUUUUCUUUAUUUCUUGGUUAGUGGUACAGUAGGUAGGAAUGUAAUGGUUAUUUUUUAAUCUUUGUCUCCUGUGUGUCAACGUGGUCAAAAAAUA